GAUAAUACAAAUGAAAGAUACGGUAUAAAAGCGAGUGACUUACCUGAGCCUCACUUUAUUUUUCAUUCUGUUGCUCCAUGUAAUUCAUUGGACUUCUAUAUGAGAAUUACCAUAAUAGAAAAUCCAGUCAUCCUCACACUGGAGCCUGCAAUAGAACGAUUUUAACAAAAUUGAGUCAAUUUUUUAGCGAUCGAAUAAUGUUAGCAUUUAUGAAAUGGAAUAUGAUGAUGUUGUCGAAGAGGAAACAUCUAAUAUUUUUGGUGCUGUUUAAUGUGCUCUUAAUUAACUGUGGAUAUGUUGAAGCUAGGCCAAAUGCAAGUGCGACUAUAGUUUAUGGAUCAGAAGAUACUUCAAAUUUUCAACAAUCGCUUGAGCCUCCAAAUUUAAAUUUACCAGGAGACACGACAAAAAUAAAACAUGAAGACUCAGUGUUGCCUUCUAUUCACCAAGAUCAUAAUUCAGCGAAAUCUGUUCAGAGUAAUCCAGAUGAUCAUGCCGCCGCAGAAGGCGAACAUGAAGUUGAAAGAUACCCGGUAACAACGGUUGACUUUUCACGUGUAGAAACGCCAUUCAUCAUUGGAAUAUGGAUAUUAUUUGCGAGUAUUGCGAAGAUUGGUUUCCAUAUGACCCCUAAAAUAAACAAGAUUCUGCCGGAAUCAUCGCUUCUUAUAGUAGUUGGAAUUAUUAUUGGUCUUAUAUUAUACACAUCUACGAAACUACAUGUGCAACCGUUAACACCGAAUACAUUCUUCUUUUAUAUGUUGCCGCCAAUUAUAUUAGAUGCCGGUUAUUUUAUGCCAAAUCGUUUGUUUUUUGAUAAUAUUGGUACUAUCUUGCUUAUGGCAGUCAUUGGAACUAUAUACAAUGUGGCCACAAUCGGUGGUGCACUUUAUUUUUGUGGCAUGACAGGAAUAUUUGGAUUUGAAACGCCAUUACUAGACACAUUCCUUUUUUCAUCGCUUAUAUCAGCUGUAGAUCCCGUCGCCGUAUUGGCUGUAUUUGAAGAGAUUCAUGUCAAUGAAAUUUUAUAUAUUGUCGUCUUUGGUGAAUCUCUACUUAACGAUGCCGUCACUGUCGUACUUUAUCACAUGUUCGAAACAUAUAACGAAAUGGGUGCAAGUAACAUUCAAGUUACUGACGUAGUUAAUGGAGCAUUGUCAUUUUUAUGCGUUGCCGUUGGUGGUGUUGUUGUUGGAGUUGUUUGGGGAUUCCUGACUGGCCUUGUUACUAGAUUUACUGAUCACGUGAGAGUGAUUGAGCCAAUUUUCGUUUUUGUUAUGGCUUAUUUGGCAUAUUUAAAUGCUGAAAUAUUCCACUGGAGUGGUAUUUUGGCAAUAACUUUUUGUGGUAUAACCAUGAAAAAUUACGUAGAGGCCAAUAUAUCGCACAAAUCGCAUACGACAAUAAAGUAUGCAUUAAAGAUGCUGUCGAGCUCGUCAGAAACCAUUAUUUUCAUCUUUCUGGGAGUUGCGACAGUAAACAAUAGUCAUGUAUGGAACACUUGGUUCGUACUAUUGACGGUCCUAUUCUGUUCAGUUUUUCGAGUGAUAGGCGUGAUUGUACUCGUUGCUAUUGCCAAUCGAUUUAGAAUUCAUAAGCUAUCAAAGGUCGAUCAAUUUGUAAUGUCUUAUGGAGGUCUUAGAGGCGCAAUUGCGUUUGCAUUAGUCCUUCUUAUUGACCCCAAGCACGUGCCUUUGGCUCCCUUGUUUGUGACUACGACUAUUUGUGUGAUAUAUUUCACGGUAUUUCUUCAGGGAAUUACUAUAAAGCCACUUGUAAGGAUAUUGAAUGUCAAGAGAGCUGAAAAGCGAAAACCUACAAUGAAUGAACGUAUUCAUGAACGAUUUAUUGACCAUAUGAUGGCUGGAUUGGAGGAUAUUGUAGGUAAAACUGGAAAUUAUACCGUUCGUGAUAAGUUUAAGCGAUUCGAUAAUCGUUUCAUUCGUCCAUAUUUGAUAAGAGAUCUUAAGGGUGCAGAACCGAAAAUUAUUGAAACAUAUUCGAAAUUGGCUAUGAAAGAUGCUAUCGAUUACAUGCGACGCAAUCCAUCAACAGUGGGACAAAUGUCUGGUACUGAAUCUAUGAGUGCUUUGUUUAGAAAUUACACUGGAAUACUUGGCGGAAGUCCAAGCUUCUCGAAUUUCGAAACGUCAACAAGAAACCUGGAUAUGCAAGAAUUGGAUUAUAAUCCAUCAAGAAAGGAUUUAACAGAUGCUAGAAUUCAUCAUCUCUUGUCAGAGGAACUGAAACCUUACAGAAGGCACCGACGAUUAAGUUAUAGUAGACACGCUGUAGACGAUCGAGACCUAUCAACACAGGUUAACUAUAAAAUGAGAAUGAAUAUUCGUCGUAUGGCACAAGGCGAUCGAAAGCAUCAUAAGCGUAGUAAACGACUGAAUAAAGAUGGCAGCAAGCAAAAUCACGUUUCAUUCCCUGAAUUUCAGCAAAACGGCUCUGCAAAACAACUUACGAAUGAUUAUAUUAAUGAAGUUUUAAAUGAAGAAGAAGAUCAGUCUAAACAAGCGCCAGAUGACUGGGAAGGUGGACUUACUUUUAUCGCAAAAGGAUCCAACGAGAGUGGUGAUGCUCACGACGAUAAUAAGAGAUAUUCACGCGACUCUGAAGGAGAACAUCGAGUUACAACACCAACAGCACCAGAAUCCGUAUUGCCAUGGAAGCGUGCAGACGAUAAGGAGGAUGAUAGUGUUAUUCAACAAACAGAAUUUCCUUCGUGGGCAAAUAAUAAAGAAUAUCUUGCUUACAAUUCACCCAGUGCUACUUUCUUAGGUGGAAUAGCAAAGCCUAAACAGAAAAACUCUGUAAUAGGUCUAUUUAGACGAGAAAGUCAUGGAGACACUGACUCUGCACCAUCGCCAAAUAUACGUGAUCGUGAUAAACGUUCUGGAUCGAUCACAACACAUGCAGUUUAUGAAAUAGAACCAACUGGUCAUUCAUCUCAAUUCCCUGUAACAGCAAGCCACCGUAGAAAUACUAGAAAAGGUUCAUUGUUGGAAGUAUCGGGAGAUACAACAAUUCCCGAGGAAACUCAGGAUUCAAAAUCCGUACCACAACGAGGACAACAACAGUAUAUAAUUGCAAAACAAAGUCCUAAAAAUUCACGUAGUCAUAACAAUAAUAACCAACAAACCCGUGGUCUUUUGUCGCACACUAGUUCUGAUUCCGAGCAUUCCGGUGAUGAUGAGGCGAGGGAGAAGCUUAUGAAGCAACAGAAAGCAAAGAAGCAUUUCUCGGUAGGCAGUGAUGAUGAUGAUGACGAAGGUGGAUUAACCAUCAAACGAUCCUGAGAGUUGUUCAUAUGAGAAAUUCAAACGAUUUUCAUCACAUUACCACUUGUAUCAUCAUAUGAAGAUUUGUUCCGAAAAUGUUUCGUUAAUGGCAAGAUUAUGGCAGUGAUUUUUUCAUCAUCAUUUAUCAGUAUUUUAUCAAUUUAUUUGACAUUUCUACUUAUUUAAUUAAUUAAGAGAUUUUAAGAUACUUAUUUUGUUUAUUGCGUACAUUUUAUUAAAAAGGACCAUUCAUUAAUGACGUCCAUCUAUUGGGGGAAAAUUAGGUAGACUUUAUUGUUGCUACGUAGUGACAUAUGGGGCUUUUAAAAAAUUUAUAUUUUAUGAUAGACGUCAUUUGUGAACGACCUUUAUAUGAUUUAGAUUCGGGAAAUUUCAUCAAAAUUGACUUGAAAUUCAGUAAGUCAACAUUGUAUGAAUUUUGAAGACAUUUCCCAAAUUUGAUCAAAAUUGAAGAUAAGAACCGAGUUAACGUGUCUAAUGAGGUGAAAAAUAAGAAAUGAAAGAGGAUUUAUAACAAACUCGAGUUGUGCAACAGUUCAAUUUGUCUAGUCUAGUUAUUAGAGAAUAAAUCUUAUAUAACUAGACAUUUACCAGACAAAUUAACUGAUUGUUAACUCGGAAAACAGAUUAUUUAUAUUAACAAAAGAUUGAACCACGAUAAAACUUAACCAUAACAAAUUAAGAGAAUAAUGUUGAUAUAGUUUUUGGAAAAUUUGAUGAAAAAAAAAGAAAUUAAUAUAUACAUAUUUAAUUGAACUGAUUGAAAAGAACAUUAGGAAAUAGUCAUAAUUGAUAAUAGUAUAAACGGAGUAUGUACUUCUACUAUUGAAGUAGAUCGCAAGAGAAUUCAUCCCCGAAUUUAAGUUAAUUCUCGAAUUAGUUGUCGAAUAUAUCGAAACAAAUGAUAUUUUUGUGAAGUCGUUUACUAUUUACUUAAUUUAUUUCAUUUAUUGCUAUUAAAUGCCUUGGGAGUUUUCAAGUGAGUUACUUAAGAAUUGCGAUACAAACAAAUAAGAUUAAAGAGUCUAAAAUUAAUAAAUCUUUUACUGAAUUUUAUAAUUUACGAGAAGAACAUGAUUUUCUUGCCUUAACACACCGCGAUCAAAUCUUAAUGGAUUUUUUGGCUCAAUUUGCAAGAAUCUUAAUUGAUCGAAAUUUAGAAAUAAUUUUGAUGAAUUUGACAUUUAGAGGCUUGCGCCAAAAAAUGAUGCAUUUGCAUUGUGCUAAGCAAGAAAUUCCGCCUUUAAUUUAGUUAAAUUAUAUUAUUAUUCUAUUAAAAAUGAUGCUAAAGUACACAGAGAAAAAAACCCUUUUUUAAAAUCACCUGCAUUUCUUUUUAUCAGACACUGGAUUUAUUUACUUAAAACAUUUUUAAAAAGAUGAAUUAUGAAAAAAAAAGCUGUAAGUCAAUAA